AUGACUGCACCUGCCGAAGUCGACGAUUUUGGUCUGCCCAUCAGACGGUAUCCGACUCCGAAGAACGAUGAGCCUACCGAGACCCCCAAAGAUGAGAAGUCUGCUUCAAGUCCAGUAGCAGAUGCCUCUAGCGGUGAGCAACCGAGAGCGUCCGAGACGAAGAACGAUAAGCCCGGCGAUCAGACGACACCCCCCGCCGUCGAAGCUGUUAAGGAUGACGACAAGAGCGAAACGUUUGAAGAUGCUCGAUCUGAACACAAAACCCCAGAAAAGAUUGAGCCUGUCGAGCCCGAAAGCACCAACGAUUCGGAGCCAAAAGAUUCUAGAAAGACACAGUCAGAAAUGCCAGAAGCUCCUAAGGAGCCUACGGAUGUCCAUGUCGCUGUCAACAAGCAAGAGACUCCUAAGCCUGACGAUCCGAAGAACAAGGGCCCUGUGGAAACACAACCAGAGGCAGCAGAUCCUGUCAAAAAGCCUACAGAUAAUGAGGUAGCUGUCAGUAAGGAAGAGCCUCCUCAGCCCAACAAAAUCACGCCAACCCCUGUACCGCCUGCGCAGGCCAAUCGAAAUGAUGUUUCUGAGUUUUCCCACCAAAAGGUCUCUACCAAACCAGAAGAACCUCAAAAGGAGGACGGCGAUGAUGACUGGCAAGAAAUGCCUUCUUAUGCGCGAUACGAUAUGUACAACGACGACGACAAGCUAGUUGCAAGGGAAUACGAUCCGGAACAGGAUGAAUCAUACCAAUAUGGAGGACUUGGUGGUGCCGGCAAGGGCUACACUCGGGUAACCUUAGACGAUGAUGCCGAGUCAGCAACAAGCAUGGACGACAACACAAAAUAUCUUUUCAAGAGUGCAGCCGGAACCAGUAUGGUCGACGAUGAUGAAGGACGAGAUGCCAUCGGUCAGAUGCAGGCUACCAAAGAUCUCUUGACAGAAGGCCAAAGAGUUGCAUAUGUUGGAUUGGUCCGUCUCGAAAUUGUCAGACUUGUGAAAGAAGCGGAAAAAAUGAAAGCAUUCAAGAAGACGAAGAAGGAGGUUGGUAUUUCAGUUGAGUCCAUGUUGAUGUGGGGUCAAAAAAUGAUGCUUCGACUGUACGCUCAUAUGGAGAUCAAUGAAGCUGAGCAGAUUAUGAUCGAACAGUUGGCAGAACAUGGAGUUAUGCCGCAGGACUUGGCGCCCGCGCUUAAUACUAAUGCCCGAGUAUCAAAUCCCAUGGCAGACGGCGAGUCAUCGAUGCCAGGCACCCCAUCGCUAGAUGAGAAGCCUACCGAGGCACCGCCGCCAUAUGAGGCGCUUGACGGCGAGGAGCUCUCCGACGUGAAGACACCAUCACAGCUCCCCACCACCGCAAAGAUCGAUAUUGAUCUUAGGUGGACAGUACUUUGCGAUCUCUUUCUCCUCUUGAUUGCUGAUUCUAUUUACGAUUCACGCUCGAGGGUUCUCUUGGAACGAGUUGGUGAGAGUCUUGAUAUUACGUGGGUUGAUAUUUGCCGUUUCGAGAAGAAGGUCACAGAGGCUCUGGAGAUGCAGCAAGCUGCUGAGAAAGAGAACUGGAAUGAGGAGGAGCACACGGAAACUCGCAGGAAGAACGCAUUGACCCGGCGAUACGUGAUGAUGGGUUUGGCCACAGUAGGUGGUGGGUUGGUCAUUGGUCUUUCAGCAGGUUUGCUUGCUCCUGUCAUCGGUGCUGGCCUGGCUACCGGUUUAACAGCCAUUGGAGUGACUGGCACGGGAAGUUUCCUCGGUGGUGUAGGAGGCGCAGCCAUCAUCACAUCUGGGGCAGCGGCGUCAGGCAGUAUCAUCGGAGGCAGGGCUGCGGACCGAAGAACUGGCGCGGUCAGGACGUUCGAAUACCGUCCCCUUCACAACAACAAGCGAGUCAACCUCAUUGUCACUAUCUCAGGGUGGCUGACAGGUAAGGUCGAUGACGUACGAUUGCCAUUCAGUACAGUAGACCCUGUCAUGGGUGACCUUUACUCAGUGCUCUUCGAGCCUGAGAUGCUUCGGAGUAUGGGUGACACCAUCAACAUUUUGGCUACUGAGGCUCUCACACAGAGUAUCCAACAAAUCUUGGGUACAACCAUUCUAGCUGCUCUCAUGUCGGCUCUGCAGCUGCCGAUAAUUCUUACCAAGCUUGCCUAUCUUAUUGACAACCCUUGGGCUGUCUCACUGGACAGAGCUACAUCCGCUGGAAAGAUUCUUGCAGAUUCCCUGCUAGAACGCAACCUAGGAACACGACCCAUUACGUUGGUUGGGUUCUCGAUCGGAGCACGAGUUGUUUUCUCUUGCAUCCAGGAGCUCAGUAAGAAGGGGGCGGUUGGUAUUGUGCAAAACGUCUACAUGUUUGGUUCACCUAUCGUGGUGAAGAAGGAGGAGUACAUCAAGGCUAAGACUGUGGUUUCCGGACGAUUCGUGAAUGCCUACAACCGCAACGACUGGAUUCUAGGUUACUUGUUCCGGCUCACCAGUGGAGGUAUCCGCCGGGUAGCAGGUCUAGCUCCGGUGGAGGAUUGCCCCUUCGUUGAGAACAUGGACGUAACGGAUCUCGUGAAUGGUCACAUGGACUAUCGACAAAAGAUGCCGGUAUUGCUGAUGAGAUGUGGAUGGUCUGUUGAGAGUGAAGAGUUCGUUGAAAUUGAAGAUCCAGACCCGGAAAACCAUAAUGAGCGCCAGAGAGAGCUGAUCAAUGAGAUCGAAGAGGCACGCAAGAACCUCGAAAAAGAGGGCAAGGCCAAGAAGAGUGGGCGAUUCAGCUUCUUCGGUCGUCGAAAGAACGCGGAGAAACAGGACUGGGAAAUCUACGAAGACUCAAAGAACAAGGGAGAAGGCAAAGAGAAGGCAAAGGAGGGGGAACAGGCCGACAACAACACUGGUGUCCUUUUCGACAUUGAUGCAAUCCGAGCAGAAAUUGCCAAGGAUGCUCGCGAUCACUACGCCAGUCCGGAGGACCUGCAAGUCAAGGAAAUCAAAUCGACUCUGCCUCCAAUGAAGCUGGAUGUGUCCUCACUUCCUGCUUCUCCUUCGGCGGUGGCCAAUGGCUCGAGAGCAGGGUCUCGGACGGAUCUGACCGCCCCACGAGACUCGCACGAGACUCGGGUGUCCCAGGAGAGGUCUCAUAGUUACACGCCAAGCUACACCAGACAAGCAUCACCACCUGGGUACAGCUCACCGUACGGCGGAGGGUUUGGGUCAGGACAUGGUGACGCAUACGGCUCGGGCCGACAUGACGAGGACGACAUUCAGAUGACAUUUGAUACCUCGUUUGACGAUCAUCCGCGGUCAGCAACAGUAGCACCUACUGAGACGACAGCAAGUAGGCCACAGGUGAAGACGGCGCAGACAUUACCGACGAUGACACUGCAUGAACCGUGGGGAGAUUCAGAUGAUGAUGAUUUUGGCAAAGAGAAGGAGAUUUCAAUGACAUUCGCUUGA